GGCAAUUACAGACUGCCCUGCUAGCUAGGCAGCAUGAAGCUGGAGCUGGGACUGAGCACAGAUGGGCAGCUGCAGUUCGUGGUGGCGACGGAGAAGGAUUUUGAGGAGGUUGUGGCAAUGUCCAAGGGCAUCUACGGGGGCCUGGAUUAUCUCCCGAGCCGCUACCACGCCUGGCUCCACGAGCCCAACCGCACCGUGGUGCUGGCCAAGAAGAAUGGAGAAGUGAUUGGGCUGCUGUCGAUCUGCGUGGUGGACGCGGGGGAGACGGUGCUGGCAGAAGGGCUGCGCGUGGCGCCCUGGGAACGGGGCAAGGGUGUGGCUGGUGUGCUGCAGCAAUUCUGCACUGAGCUGGUCAAGAAGAAGCACCCCAGCAUCAAGGUCUUGCGGCUGAUGCGGGACGACUACCUGAGCCCCAAGGUCUUCCAGAAAUACCGUCUGAUUACCACGCAGGGCAUCCUGCUGGUGCGGUUCAACGCGGCAGAGCUGCUGGCCCGGCUGGAUGCGGCGGUGGCCCAGCUGCAGGCAGGAGGAUUCCAGCCUCUGCCCACCGAGGUGCUGGAGCCGGGUGAGGUGCGGACACUGGUGCUGAGCCCGGCCUUUCAGAGCGAGGUGCUGCCCAAUAGCACCCUCAUCCAGGACUGGCAGCCCUACAAGCCGAGCGAGGCCAACCUGGCCCUGCUGGAGCAGAGGCAGCUGUACUGGGUGGUGGAUUGCAAGGCCCGGCCCAUGACUGCCUCCCUCUGCACCCAGCCCUUCCCCAUCCCGCUGGGCAAGGACUGGGUCUACCUCAACAUCGAUACCUUUGGCCACCACCCCACCCACCUCAAGAGCCAGUUGCUGCACCAUCUGCGGGCCCACCUGCCCACCCUGCGGGGCAACGUCAUGUGCCAGCUCUUCCUGGCACCCGGGCUUUGGGGGGAGCUGGCCGAGUUCUGCCAGGCCGGCCUGCAGCUGGAGCUGGCCAAGGGCUACACUGAGCAGUACCUGCUGGAGGUGAACAUCUAGGGAGUUGGGGGGACAUGGAGGCCCCCCAGCCCUGCAGUAGCACUUUCUGAGCCUUCAUUCCCCCCAAGACAAGCUGCCCUAGGAGAUGUGCCCCAACCCACCUAACCCCCUCCCACUCAGCAAGCCCUAGCAACAGUCGAGGGAGCUGAGCUGCACAUGGCGUGGCAACAGAACCAGGUGCCGGCAGGGAAGGUUAGCAUGGCCACCCAGACCUGCUUUGAUUGCCGUAGCCUAGCAACAGCUGGGGUGAUGAUGGACCCUAGCAACAGCUGGCCCAGUGACGGAGCCUGGUGAUGGUUGGCAUGGUAACAGAACCUGGUGAUGGUUGGUACGGUGAUGGUUGGCAUGGUGACAGAGCCCAGUGAUGGUCAACAUGGUGACGGAGCCUGGUGACGUUUGGCAUGGCAGCAGAACCCAGUGAUGGUUGAUGGAGCCUAGCAAUAGGAGGCAUGGCAAUAGCGGGUUGACUGCUGGAUCGUGGCCGUAGCAAUGGCUGAUGGAAACCCGUGUACAGGGCUCUGAUCCUCCCACCCCUACAUCAGCCAGGCCUAAACCCCUCCUCCACCCCUCUAGUGAUGCCUCUAAACUGAAUAAUGUGCAAUAGAGUCUUCUAAAGGGAGAUGUAUUUAUACAUUCGCCUGCAACAGGACCCCCUCCCCCAUCACACCCAUGCAGCCCCCAGCGCUGGAGCCUGUCCGCCCUCUAUGUGGCGUUAGAGUCCAUCUGUCCCCCAUCCUGGCACUAGAGCCUCCCCAGUGCCUCCCAUUAUGGCGCUAGAGCCCCCCACCUUCACUACAUUACAGCCUGACCCCAAUGUAGCCCCAGAGCCCGUAUUCCCCUCCCCAGCACUAGGCUGCCCCCCCCACCAGCGAAUUCCCCCCUCCCUGGAGGUCAGGAGCAGGGAUCCCGCCUCCCUUCCUCAGAGCAGCAACUUGUAGGGGGACCCCUCACCCUCCAUUUGCCUUCGCUGUCUCUGGAUGAGCCCCUGGUAUUAGCAUUAGUCCUGCCCCACCCUCCCCCACCCCCUCCGAGCUAACACAGAAUGGAGAGAGAAUGGGCCCUGUUUUUUUUCUGUGACUGACCCCCAGUAACUCCUCCAUCCCUCCCUCGCAAUCCCCUUGUGGCAAUAAACUCUUUUGUCCCCUGCCUCACCUCUCAUUUGUAUGCAGCACCCAGACCUGCUCCCACGCCCCUGCUAGCUGCAGGGAUGGGGGCCCCAGGACACAUGGGGGGUUCACACCAGGGAGAGGGGCAGCAGCUUUGUCCAGUGUCUAAACUUGGGGUAAGAGCCCAAGUCAGGGAAGUGUGGGCAACUAUAUGGACCUGUCAGAGACACCUCCCACCCCCCGUGAUCCAUUCCCUGCCCUCCUGAGCAAGCCCUUGCCUGUCGUGGUGCUGGGUGGGAGCUGGUGCCCCCUAGCGGGAACAGGGCCUGCCCCAU